UGCUUGGCUCAGCCGCUUUCUAUUAGUUUAUAACUAAAACUAACUACUAAUUUCACAUAAAAACCAAUGGGAAUAUGCUAUCCUACGACAUCAACGAGCGGCUGCUGAGUGCUGUCCAAAGCGGGGACAUUGAGCAGGCCCUUAACUGUAUCAUGCAUGGGGCGCAGGCCUCGUAUGUAUCACCAAACUGCGGACGCACGGCCGUCGGCACGGCUGCUCUGCUGGGCGAUGCCGAGCUGCUGGAGCUCCUGGUGCAGUCCUGCGAGCAGCCGGAACUGGAUGUGUUCCGUCAGACACAUACGGAUAGCCUGGAGAUCGAGAGCACACCCGAAGGCAUGGAGAAGCUUGAGUGGGUGGACGAGUUCGAGAGCUGCGCGGAGAAUAGUGGACAGUCGGCUGCUGGAGCAGGAGGCGAGGACAGUGUGCUAUAUCAGUAUUAUGCCAAGACCUUGGAGAGCAUGGGGGAGUUUGUGGCCCAAUGCUGCGCCAGUUGCCGCGAGCAGGAUCCACAUGUGUGCGAUGCCUGUCUGACCUCGCCCCUGCACUAUGCAGCCUUUUGGGGGCACGAUAAGUGCGUCCGGAUACUGCUGGAACACAAUGCGCCGAUCAAUGUGGUGAAUAGCGAUGGCUACGGUCCCCUUCAUUUGGGUGCCGGAUUCCCCAAGGUCACCCGGCUGCUCAUCCAGCACGGAGCUCCGGUCAAUGCUAAGACCCUGAGCGACGGCAAGACGGCGCUUCACUUGGCCAUCGAAAGCAAGUCGAAGGAGUCUGCCCAGCUGCUGCUCCAGACGAACAUCAACAUCAACGAAACCGACGACUUGGGCGAGACGCCCCUGAUGACGGCCAUUGCCUGCAGCAUGACAGUACUGGCCAAAGAAAUGCUCGAGCGGGGCGCUCACAUCAAUAUUCAGGAUAAGGAAAACCAAACGGCUCUGAUGCUUGCAGUCAGGGGACGCCACACUGAUAUGGCGAAGCUUCUCCUCGAACGUGGAGCUCGGCGUCUGGCCUCACAGCAUCUCCUGCAUCUCGCCGUUGGACACAAUAAUCGGAAGUUGGUGGAGAUUCUGCUGCACUAUGGAGACAGUCUCUCAGUGCGGGACAGCGACAACCACACACCCAUCAUGGUGGCCAUCUAUAAUCAGCAGUCGGAGAUGCUGGGCUAUCUGCUGGACGUGGCCGAGCAACAUCGUCGUCAGGGCCUGUACAUGAAUGCCCAGGACGAGGGCUUAGUCUUAUUCGCCGUACAGCAUGCCCUCCACGUCGACGAUCUGCGAGCCGUCCUUAGAGUGCUGUUGGCUAGGCUGGCCAGCGCCCGUACAGAUCUGUAUGGCUCGUGUGCUCCGACCAUAGUCUGCGGUCUAAUCUAUUGUCAGACUCCGCUGUCGCGAGCCAUUAACCUCCACCGUCUGGACCUGGCCGAGCUCCUCAUUCACGAGGGCUGCAAUCUUGCACAGAUUUGUCCGGAGCAUGUGGUCAGCGAACUGCGCUCCAACUGCUCUCAACGGAGCGUGGCCUUCGGACGAUUGCUGUACAACGCCGGAUUCCAGCUGCCAUUCAAUAAGCGAUUGCCACCCAACAAUUGGUCAGCGCCUCGACAGCAACUUGAAAGGGAAAUGUCCCUGCAUGUAACCAACCCGCGCUCCCUUAAGUCCACCGCUCGUCUGGCGAUACGCAAAAAUAUUCUUUCGAAUCUCCAGAUACGGCACUCGUUGGAGCAGAAAUAUCUCCCGAGACCGCAUCGAUCCACGCUAGGCAUAAUCAUCGACGAGUUUGAUAUACCAGAGAUAUUAAAGAAAUAUCUCAGCGACUUUGAUGAGUUGGCCAAGGUGAGGUCCAUAGACGCGGAUCGUGAACCCAUGCGCGUCUACAGAUCGGCAGAGUCAUGGGAUUAAGUAUUUCUUCAGAUGAUGUAGGUUUGAAAUUUGUGGGUAUGUAGCUUUUAGUUUUGUAUAUUGGAAAAUAUACAUAUAUAUAUGGCCUA